AUUUGAAGAUAAAAUGCCCCUCGAAAAGAAAACAUCCACAAAAAUAAAUGAAAAAGAAAAAGGCCUUUCUAAACGCCAAGCACAGUGUUAAAUGUUCUUCAUGCAUUGGGACGUUUAAUCUCGGCAAUUCUAUGAGACUAAAACUGUUACUCUUCCCAACGUACGGAUGAGGAAACCGUCUCAGAAAAGAGAAGCGCUGGUGCCCAAAGUCACUCGGCAAGAAAGUGGCUCGCCAGGACACAGUCCUACGCCUAAGUGGUUCCAAAGACCAGCGACGCGUUCCGCGGCCUCUCCUGCCGGGAGAACCUCUGCAAGAACAAAGCCGUCAUUCCCCACCCUGGCCCCCUCCCUCCCCACACAAGGCGCUUCUGUGUGGCUGUCCUUCCAACACACACGUACGCACGCGCGCACACACCCAGACCUGCAGGGCCCAGCCUCUGGCCCCUGGGGAGAGCCGCACCCUUUCACCCGGUGGGGGGUAGGGACCCGCAGCGCGACCGCCAAAACGCGCUACGCAGGCUUGGAGCCUGCACUUCCCGCCUGCUCUCAGGAGACACCGCCAGGGGGCGUCUUCCCGAAUCUGGCUGCGUUGGUUAGGUGGCCGUGGGAAGACCACAUCUGCCUCGCAGGUGCCCCUGCCCAGAGCAAACAGUGGCCGAGAGCCCCGAGGCCUUGGAGAUAAGCCCGGGUCAGGAUAUAUCCGACACCAGGGCCAAGAAGCAGGGGAGCGCAGGGUUCCUGGGACAGCGGCAUUGGAUGCGCCCGGAAGGCGGUGAGUGAGGCCCCAGCGCGCCCAUGGACCCUGUACCGGCAGCAGACCCCUCCGCGCCCCCAGGCCCUUUGACUCACCUGAGCCCGCCGCACAGCUCGGAGGCGCGGCCGCGGAGCGGAGCCGACGGGCGGAGCCUCCCGGGCAGCUGGACCAGCUGCCAGCCUGCACCCACCCCCGGGUCACCCCCAGAGCAUGUCACGGUCCUGAGGGAAGGCGUGCGCCAGUGCCUACAGCAACAGUGUGAGCAGACGGUGUGGAUCCUGCAUGCCAAGGUGGCUCAAAAAUCAUAUGGAAAUGAGAAGCGGUUCUUCUGCCCCCCGCCCUGUGUCUACCUCGCAGGUCCCGGCUGGAGGGUGAAGCCAGUGCAAGGCCAAGCCCACCAGCCAGGGGAAACCGGACCCACGGUCUGCGGUUACAUGGGACUGGAUGGCGCGUCCGGCAGCGCCGCCGAGACGCAGAAGUUGAAUUUCGAAGAGCAGCCAGACUCCAGGGAAUUCGGUUGCGCCAAGACCCUGUACAUCUCGGACGCAGACAAGAGGAAGCACUUCCGGCUGGUGCUGCGGCUGGUGCACCGGGGGGGCCGGGAGCUAGGCACCUUCCACAGCCGCCUCAUCAAGGUCAUCUCGAAGCCCUCGCAGAAGAAGCAGUCGCUGAAGAACACUGACCUGUGCAUAUCCUCGGGCUCAAAGGUCUCCCUCUUCAACCGCCUGCGCUCCCAGACGGUCUCCACGCGCUACCUGUCCGUGGAGGACGGCGCCUUCGUGGCCAGCGCGCGCCAGUGGGCUGCCUUCACGCUCCACCUGGCUGAUGAACACUGUUCCCAGGGGGACUUCCCGCCUCGAGAGGGCUACGUCCGCUAUGGCUCCCUAGUGCAACUCGUCUGCACUGUCACGGGCAUCACACUACCUCCAAUGAUCAUCCGCAAAGUGGCCAAACAGUACGCACUCCUCGACGUGGACGAGCCCAUCUCCCAGCUGCACAAGUGUGCGUUCCAGUUCCCCGGUGAGCCUGCCGGAGAGGGUGGCACUUACUUAUGCCUCGCCGCAGACAAGGUGGUGCAAUUCCAGGCCUCCCUCUGCCCCAAAGAGGCGAACAGGGCGCUGCUCAAUGACAGCUCUUGUUGGACCAUCAUCGGUACCGAGUCGGUGGAGUUCUCCUUCAGCACCAGCCUGGCGUGGACCCGGGAACCCGUCACCCCAGUGCCCCUCAUCAGCACCCUGGAGCUGAGUGGUGGGGGAGACGUGGCCACGCUCGAGCUCCACGGCGAGAACUUCCACGCGGGGCUCAAGGUGUGGUUCGGGGACGUGGAGGCCGAAACCAUGUACAGGAGCCCGCGGUCCCUGGUGUGCGUGGUGCCCGACAUCGCCACCUUCGGCAGCGACUGGCGCUGGCUGCGCACACCCAUCACAGUGCCCGUGAGCCUGGUGCGCGCCGACGGCCUCUUUUACCCCAGCGCCUUCUCCUUCACCUACACCCCCGAGUACAGCGCGCGGCCCGGCCCCCCGGGCGCCCCCGAGCCCGCAGCCGACGCCGACGCGCUGCUCGAGAGCAUCCACCACGAGUUCACGCGCAGCAACUUCCACCUCUUCAUCCAGACUUAGGUCCGCGCCCACGCCCGGCCCGGGCCUCCCUGGGGCCCGGGCUCCGCCCCCUGCCCCUUUGCUGGGAAGUCAAGGCCAGAGCCUGGGCGGCAGAGGGCCCUCGCCGGAGAAACUGCCACUCACUCGUCCACCUGAGUGAUGCUGUCCAGUCACCAGCGUGGCUCUCCCCGUGUUUGUCUGUCUCUCUAAAUCAAGCAGUCUCUCUCUCUCUCUCUCUCUCUCUCCCCCACAGUACCUUUGCACAUCUCCCCAUUUGUGUGUCCCCAUGCCUCCAACUUUGUCUGUUUCUCCCUGUGUCUCAGUAGGAUUUCACACACUCUUAAGAGCCAGGCCUGGGACAUUUACCUUCUGUGCAGUUGUGUCUCCUCUUGAAGAGGACCCACACAGUUCCACACACCCAGGCCUGGAGCACCAUGUCCUGCAUGGACUGCUAGCUCUGACCCUGAAUGCCAGCUCCCACCUAGAUCUCCAGGUCGGGCCUAAAGUGCUGGCUCUCACCUGGAGCACCUGGCACUGCCCGGAGCACUGGGUUCCACUUGGAGCACCGGGUCACUCCUAGAGCUCUGGGUCUCACCUGGAGCACUAGACUCACCUAGGACACCAGAUCCCACCCAUUGCAGGGGAUUUUGCUGGAGCACCAGGUCCCAUGUGAACACUGGGUUCCACUGGAAACACUGAGUCCCUCCUGGAGCAUGAGAGGCCUGCCCUGGAGUACUGGGUUCCGCCCUGGAAGACAAGACCUGCCCCUCCUGGUGCUCCCAAUGGCUGCGGCCAGGCAUAGCACCCUUGCCUGUGCUUGCUUUGUGCCCGGGACGGUGGUCAGGUCUUGCCAUCUUCACUGUCCACCCAGGCACUUCUCUUGCAGGCCCAACAGAUCCUGCAGGUCAGGGAUUCCUCUGCCAUCCCAAGUCAGAGUCUGAUCUGAAUGACCCACCUCCCCAAGGAGGGAGGCGCUCAGUGUAGUUCCCCCCACUCGCACACACAAGAAGGGACCAUGAGUCCAAUGGAGCAGAGAGCCUGCCAUUUUGACCCUUUCUGGAGAAGGAAUGAGGUUUAGAAGCAGCUAGCAUUCUUGAACUCCUGUCCCUGUCCUGGGGCCCACCUGUUGGCUCUGGGGUUGAGUUCCCUACUAGCUAUCCCCCCAGUCUAAGCAAAGAUGCACCCCAGGCUCAGGGGCAAACGUAAGAUACAAAACACAGGACAGUUCCAGGCAGAACUCCUGGGAUCAGCUGGGCAGUAACUCAGCUGAGAGAAGAGCUUCUCAGCAUGGGAACCAGGAACCAAAUGACAGUCUGCCCUGAUCAACCUGCCCACCCCCUGUCAAGUCUGUGCUUUACAGGGAAGCAGAAGAACCAGGCAGGGUCCUCGCUCAGGCCGUUGGAGCCAUGGAUAUAGAUAUAUGUGGGUGCCAGCUACCUGGUCCAGUCCCUGUGGUGCCGCAUGGGGACAACUGCUCUAAAAUGUGGGUUCAAGGCUCUCACUCCUCUGGGCCCUUCCUGGAAUUCUGAGAAGGGCUCAUUCCCCAGGAAGUUUCUCUCCGGGGGGGGGGGGGGGGGGGCCCGUGAGGAAGAAGCUGACAUUUCCCAAGGAGAGGAAGUGACCUUUGCUCUUUAAACUUCCCCAAAUUAUAGUGAAGAUCUGUCAUCUGCCAUCAGCAGGCUGAAACUCACUAUGAUCAGGAAAGAGAAGCUUGUUUAAGGGCCCUUCAUGGCCCCUGAGAGUGAAUCCUGGCUGAGGAAUGCAGGGGACAAGUUGAAUGGGAAAUGUCCCCUACGUGAGUGCCUGCUUCAGAAGAGUUUGCUCUCACUGCCCCGUGAUACUGUUGAAGCACGAAGCCACUUAGAAUGAGUUUCACAGCAGGGUGUUGGGGCACAAGGGCCCAUUCAGCCCUGUGCUCGAGGACUUCCUCUGCCACUUCAUAAGGCAGGAGUCCUGGAAGCCAAGAUCCUAGGUUGGCCUGAAAGCCCAGGCCCCUCCAUGCAGCCCUGUCUUCUUUUGCACACCCCUCGGGGCACCAUAGGACCCUCGGUCCCAUGUAUGCACCCACGUGGAAGUCUGUGACCUCAAAGCCUUGGCCUGUCUUCUAAGUUCCAGCUGCAGUACUAUGCUCAGAGGUCCUCCUAGCCCUGAACCUGAAUCUGACAUCCAGUCCCUUCCCACCCCACCCCCUUGCAGCAACCCACUGUCUGUGUCCUUUCCUCACUCCAUCCAGCCACAGAGGCCUUCACCUUGCCUUCCGCACUAGAAUAAACUUCCUUCUUUCCUCUCCCUCCACCUACUGCCCUGAUCUCCAAAUCCAGCUCAAAUGUCACCUCUUUCAAGAUUUCCCUAAGGCAGGAUCAGCUACAUACUUUAGGGGACCCAGUGCAAAACUAAAAUGUAUGGGGGAAAAAAAAGAAGAAAAUGAAAAUGUAUGGCCCCCUUGUGCAAAAACUAUUUAGAAUUUCAAGACCGUGACAACAGAGCAUAAAAUCAAGAAAGGCCCUUCUAAGCCUUGAGUGCACAAUUCACAUGCCCUGGACCCACCCCCGUAUUCCCCUAGAACUUCCCUGGGACCAUGUCACCACCCACCCUGGAUGAAAGGACUUUAUGUAUAUGUCAAUUGUCCCCUCUAGACUGUGAGCUCAUGGGGAAAGAGGCUCAUGGGUGUGUGUCCUAGAGGGUGCAUUACCAGACCUUGAACUUUGAGCGGGGCUCAAUAAAUACCAAAUGGCCAAGCA